AUGAGUGAUAUUAAUGAGCACUUUCAUCAGGUUGAAGUGAAGUCAUUCUUCAUCCUUGAACACAUCAAACAAGAUCCAGUUCGCUUCACUUUGUUGAUAAUGUUUGGUCAUUAUGAAGUAAUUAACCGGUUCUUCUACAACAAUAACAGCUUCACCAGCAACAAUUAUAACUUAAUCAACAAGGACAACAAAAGAGCUAGUAACCACAACUGCCACAACAAAGACAACAAAUCGAACCUGCAGAAGUAUCCUACAAUUUUGCACAACUUGUACGUGCAGUGCAAAAAUAGAGACCCCUCCAGUUGUUAUUACAACUACUGUUACUCCGGCAUGUUCAGUGACACUCUUCAAACUUGCGUCAGCAUGGUGUGA